UUGUCUCAUCUACUACUGAAUGGGUAAUUUGCUGUUCAUCCACUCCUUGCAUCUUAUCCGCUGUUUGCAUAUCGUACCAAUGGGAUAUCCUUUCAGGACACCCGUUCUUUCAAGAGAAACUAAAUACAAACUUCAUGGAGGAUUAUACGGAAAGCAUCAAAAAGCGUACUUAAAAAAAAAAAGUUGAAUGCUCAUAAGAGUUGAACAAAUAGCGUCAGCAUUAUAGUAAUGGAUGUAGCCAACUUCCUCCGAGAAAGAAGCCAGUCAACCCACUGCAUGGUUUUGCUUUGCAAUUUGAAGGAAUUUUUCCGAUCCAAACUCUUAUACCAUUUUGGAGCAUCCAGUACUCACAUCCCAUUCUUCUACAGAUUCUCUCGUGCCCAAACGAAUUGAUUGCUCAAAAUUUCAUAAUGAAAUUGCUGGAAGUUUAAGAAAAUGACAUCAAACCUAAUCAUUUAGGUUUCGAUGAUUACUCUCAGUAGAAGAAUUCCAAUCUCAGCGCCAAUUGAGGUAGGCUGCGUCCUGCCUCGUCUCCUCAAGGGGUUUAGGGUUUAAGGAUUUAUCUGAAGAUUUAAAGUAGCGCGCUGGCUCUCCCGCCAAGGCCAUCCCUCCCAACUCCCGCUCCGGAGGGUGAUGAGUCCGAGCAACCUGCACCACCUUUUGAGUAAAUGUGGAACCUUGAAGGAGCUCCUACAAAUCCACGGCCAAGCCAUCACGCGAGGCCUCCACCCCCGCCUCCAACCCCUCUCCUGCCAAAUCCUCAACUCCUAUGCCCGGUUCGGCCGAACCGUCGAAGCCCGCGAUCUCUUCCUCGAAAUCCCCCACCCCGACCUCAUCUCCAUCACCAGCCUCAUGUCAGCUUACCUUCAAACCGAUCAUCCUCACCGCGCCAUCUCCUUGUUCUCCGAAAUGCUCGCCUUGGGCCGACGGCCAGAUGGCUUCAGCAUCGUAGGCGCCCUCUCGGCUUCGGGCCGAAUAGCUGAUCCAGCCAUCGGCACAUCGCUGCAUGCUUUGGUCUACCGCCAUGGUUUAGGCCACGAGACGGUUGUCGGCAACGCAGUGAUAGAUAUGUACUGCAGAAAUGGGAAGAUUCGGAGAGCCCGGAGGGUUUUCAACGAAAUGCCUGCGAGAGAUGCGGUCACUUGGAGCAGCAUGCUGCAUGGGUACGUCAAGUGCGAAGGACCUGAAUCAGCUUGCGAGUUCUUCGACGAAAUGCCGCGGAGAGACGCAGUCUCGUGGACGGUGAUGAUCACAGGUCAUGUGCAAGGGAAGCAGCCGGUUCGGGCUCUGGAACACUUUCGCCGGAUGAAAUCAGAGGGUCAUGAUCCGACACUGGUCACGAUUGUUGGGGUUCUCUCGGCUUGUGCUGAUAUCGGCGCGCUCGACCUUGGCCGUGCUAUACAUGGGCAUAUCAACAAGACGAAAAAUGUAGGCUCUGAUGUUACUGUUUAUAAUGCUCUUAUAGAUAUGUAUGCAAAAAGUGGGAGCGUUGAAAUGGCAUAUGAUAUCUUUAAAGAGAGUAUUUAUAAGGAUGUUUUUACAUGGACCACUAUGAUUGCAGGAUUUGCUGUUCAUGGCAGUGGAAAGCAGGCUAUGGAAGUAUUCUUGGAGAUGCUGAGUGCAGGAAUUGAGCCAAAUGAGGUCACGUUUUUAGCUGUUCUGUCGGCAUGCAGCCAUGCAGGAUUUAUAAACGAAGGGCGGAAAUGGUUUGCAAGUAUGAGCAGAGACUACAAUAUCAGGUACCAACUCGAGCAUUAUGGGUGCAUGGUUGAUCUGCUAGGGCGAGCUGGGCUGCUAAGCGAAGCAGAGAGGCUGAUAGAAAAGAUGGGUACAGAACCAGAUGGUGUUAUAUGGAGAUCUCUGCUCAGUGCGUGCCUGGUUCAUGGCAAUGUUCGAUUGGCCGAGAUUGCAGGAAAGGCAAUCAUGAAGAGAGAGGCAGAUGAUGAUGGGGUCUAUGUGCUUCUUUGGAACUUGUAUGCUUCUUCAAAUAGAUGGGAAGAAGCUCUGGAAAUGAGAAGGAGAAUGAGGAAUAGGAAGGUGGUAAAGAAGCCCGGUUGUAGCUGGAUAGAGAAUGAUGGCUUUGUUCAUGAAUUUUUAGUGGAGGACAAGACACAUUGCCAGCGAAGAGAAAUAUUUCUGGUCUUGGAAGGAAUGGCGAAGCAGUUGAAAAUGGAUGACAGUGUUCUUUUAUUUCAAGAAGCUGAUCAAAGGUAAUAUUAUUCAGCAUGCACGAUACUAUUGUUGCAUACGAGUUUUUUACUGAUUGAUUAUUGUGUAAUCUUUUUUUUAAUUGAAGAUCUGUAAGUGCAUAAAUUAUAACCAAUUUUGUUCAGCAGCAUCAAUGCUUGUAAGAUUCUACAAACAUCAUGCUAAUAGCCAAUUUUUUCAUUAUUAACAAAAGGUUAUUUGUAGA